AUGGACUGGACAAUUGGCAUGCAUGGAAUACGGAUUCAUUUCAUGGACGGGAGUGUUCGUAGAGACGCCGUUUAUUUGCCGGAGGUCGCUUACGAACAGGGCUGGGACCAUUUGGAAACAAUCAACAAUCUCAUUGAAAAAGGUGGAUAUCGGGGACGUAUAGAUGAAGGAUUCCGACUAUCGUUGCAAGUGACACGAUUUCAGUCAAGUAAAAUAAUGAUCUCCUAUGAUGACUACGUGCGGUAUAAACGCACGGCUUUGAAGUGA